UUCCGUCCGGGAGCAGAAGAGGCGGGCAAAUGUCUUGAAUAACAUCAGUCCAUUUAGGGUUUUUAAGUGUCUCGGCACUCUGCACAGCUGCAGAGGAAAACGAAGCCCUCUCCUCUGAGAAAUUAUUCCCAAAUCUAGGUCAAGAGAAAUAUCAUUCUUCUAUCAGUUUUCCCCAAAUCCAAGUCUUCCAGAUUUUUAUUUUGAUUUUCUUUUCCUGCGGUCACGAUCUGAAGAUAUAUACGAGGAUUGAAUGCCGUCAUCAGCAUCUCAUUGAGUUUGAGAGCUCUUUCCUGUUUUAACGGAAGAGGAGCUGAAUUUUCUGUUGAUUCGUCGGUGUUGCUGUAGCACGGAUCAUUGAAGUUGGAAAUGGCAGCAUCCGUAGGGAGCCAACCUCCUCCGUCUCUGAAGAGACGGGAUUCGUCGGUUACGAGAGAAGGCGAUCAGCUCAUCGUAACACCGUUGGGAGCCGGCAAUGAAGUGGGUCGGUCGUGCGUUUACAUGUCCUACAAAGGAAAAACUGUACUGUUUGAUUGUGGAAUACAUCCAGCUUACUCGGGAAUGGCUGCUUUGCCUUACUUUGACGAGAUUGAUCCAUCCACCAUUGACGUGCUUCUUGUUACACACUUUCACCUCGACCAUGCUGCAUCACUGCCAUAUUUUCUCGAGAAGACCACUUUCAAGGGACGGGUUUUCAUGACUCAUGCUACAAAGGCCAUAUACAAGCUGCUUUUGUCAGAUUAUGUGAAAGUGAGCAAAGUUUCGGUUGAGGACAUGCUGUAUGAUGAACAAGACAUUCUUCGGUCCAUGGACAAAAUCGAGGUCAUCGAUUUCCACCAGACUCUAGAAGUAAAUGGCAUCCGGUUCUGGUGCUACACUGCUGGCCAUGUCCUUGGGGCUGCCAUGUUCAUGGUUGACAUCGCUGGGGUCCGGGUGCUUUACACAGGAGAUUACUCCCGUGAAGAAGAUCGCCACCUCCGUGCUGCUGAGAUCCCACAGUUUUCCCCUGACAUCUGCAUCAUUGAAUCCACCUAUGGUGUCCAGCUCCACCAGCCCAGGCUUGUACGAGAGAAACGCUUUACCGAUGUUAUCCACUCAACUAUUUCUCAGGGCGGCCGCGUCCUCAUUCCGGCAUUUGCACUUGGCCGUGCACAAGAGCUCCUCCUCAUUCUGGAUGAGUACUGGUCAAACCACCCUGAACUCCACAACAUUCCCAUUUACUAUGCUUCCCCUCUUGCCAAGAGGUGCAUGGCAGUCUACCAAACCUACAUCAAUGCAAUGAACGAGAGGAUCCGGAACCAGUUUGCAAAUUCAAACCCGUUCGACUUCAAGCACAUAUCACCAUUGAAGAGCAUAGAGAAUUUUGAUGAUGUCGGCCCAUCCGUGGUGAUGGCAAGUCCUAGUGGUCUGCAGAGUGGUCUGUCGAGGCAGCUGUUCGACAAGUGGUGCUCGGACAAGAAGAAUGCUUGCGUGAUUCCUGGGUAUGUUGUGGAAGGGACAUUGGCCAAGACUAUCAUUAAUGAACCCAAGGAAGUCACACUCAUGAAUGGCCUCACUGCCCCUCUCAACAUGCAGGUCCAUUACAUUUCAUUCUCGGCCCAUGCCGAUUUUGCACAGACAAGUACGUUUUUGAAAGAGCUCAUGCCCCCCAACAUAAUCCUGGUUCAUGGAGAAGCCAACGAGAUGGGAAGGCUUAAACAGAAGCUCAUCACCCAAUUCAUUGACAAAAACAUGAAGAUCAUAUCUCCUAAAAACUGCCAGUCUGUCGAGAUGUACUUCAAUUCAGAGAAAAUGGCCAAGACAAUUGGGCGGUUGGCUGAAAAGACCCCGGAAGUGGGAGAGACUGUCAGUGGCUUGCUUGUAAAGAAGGGAUUCGCAUACCAAAUAAUGGCCCCUGAUGACCUCCACAUCUUCUCACAGCUAUCCACUGCAAACAUCACUCAGAGGAUUGCAGUCCCUUAUUCUGGUGCCUUUGGAGUGAUAAAGCACCGGCUCAAGCAGAUAUAUGAGAGCGUUGAAUCCCCAAUUGAUGAAUCUGAGGUCCCAACCUUGCAUGUGCAUGAACGGGUGACAGUGAAGCAGGAGUCAGAAAAGCAUGUUUCGUUACAGUGGACUUCAGACCCCAUUAGUGACAUGGUCUCAGACUCUAUUGUCGCUCUGGUUUUGAAUAUCAACCGGGAAGUUCCGAAGGUGACGGUGACGGAGACCAAGACAGAGGAGAAGAUGGGAAAGACAGCGGAGAAAGUGAUAUUUGCGCUCUUGGUUUCGUUGUUUGGCGAUGUCAAGAUGGGAGAGGAAGGGAAACUGGUUGUGACGGUUGAUGGGAAUGUGGCUCGUGUUGAUGGCAAGAAUGGAGAUGUUGAGUGCGAGAAUGAGAAUUUAAAGGAAAGAGUAAGGACAGCAUUUCGUCGGAUCCAGAGUGCCGUGAAGCCAAUCCCGCUUUCAGCAUCUUGAAAUGGCUUAAUCAUUGUUAGGAGCAUCAAACUGUUUUCUCAUCCCUAUGAGAAUUAGAGAUGUUAUAUGUGGCAUUUUUUAUGGCCUUUCACAGGUUAGGGUGUCUGAUAAAUCAAUCAUGUAAGUAGGCAGUAGUAGAAUGAUUUGUAUGAUCCUCUACCCAAGGAUAUAUGCACAGCAUCCUCGGAUUUUCAGUUUGUAGUUUGUACGAGUAGGUCCAUGGUCCAGUGGUCCAGAAUGUUGAUCUGAUGGUCCAGCCUUUGGACUUUUCCAGUUGAAUGAACUGUUUCUGUAUUUCUUUUCU